AUGACUCUGCAUUUACCAGACACUGGAUUGGAAAACUUGGUGAAAGUUGGACUUGGCGCGAGAGAUCCGAUAACCGGGAAUCCUUACGGGGCUACUGGAUCAUCUUCACGGACCCCAUCCCCCGCUUCGUCGAUUGCAUUGACACGGUCGAACAGCUCUCGGAAUUCCCAGGUACCGGGGUUCCCUACGAGCAGUGUACGGCAACCUCGCUCCUCCAGGGACGAGCGCCAACAGAAUAGGGGACGUUCAAAGAAAAUUGUACCGCCCGAGGAGAUCACGAACACAGACCCAACUUCCAGUGGGCCUGUCGCUUAUUCUGACGGCGCAAGACAUGAACCAGCUCCUGCGCAUACCGAGUCUGACACCUGA